AUGGACUCGACAAUGUCGAAGCUCCUUGUGCUGGCAGCCAUUGCUAUGCCAGUGCUUGGGUCUUGUGGAUCGCGUACGCAUCUUUCCACUCGAGCGGAAGAUGGUGAAGUCAAAAUCAACACCUUUGGUUAUGCCGGUGCAAUUGGGCCUGAGAACUGGUUCGCUCUAGACACGGCGAAGAAUGGCUUAUGUGCCACGGGCACUCGUCAGUCUCCAAUCGAUAUGGUCGAAGGCCAGUUCCAUGUGCUCGACGCGGCCGAUAUUGUUCUCGAAAUUCCUGAUCAGCCGGAGGGAACCGAAUUUGAGAACCUGGGAACGACGGUUGAGGUUGUAAUGGAAGGCAAGGGAGGGAUAUUGGAGUUGGGAGGUAUCGAAUAUGAACUCAAGCAGUUCCAUGUCCACAACCCCUCGGAACACCUGGACAAUGGCAAUUUUGCUGAGAUGGAAAUCCACAACGUCUUCGAGAGUGCUGCUGGCGAGCUGGCGGUCGUUGGUGUAUAUGUCGAAGCCGACGUGGGAACGGCGUUGACGGUUGCGGCGAGACGCCGGCGCAACGUACUUGCUGAGGCAAUCGCGGGAACCAACUUUACCAUCAUGCCGUCCUCGGCCUUGCCUCAGACCAACGCCGUGUCAUCGCCCAUGCUCGAAACAGUCUUCGAAUCCGUCGAAGAGAUCGCCACGCCGGGCACCAAGGCGACUACCAAGCCACUGGUGUUUUCUGAAUACGUUGCCGCUCUCAAGGCUGGCACCUUCCAGACGUACUCGGGUUCGUUGACGACGCCUCCAUGUAGCGAAGGUGUGAACUGGAUGGUGGCUACUCAGAGGCUCAAGGUGUCGCCAGCUACUCUGCACCGUGUAAGCAACGUGGUCAAGUUCAACCGCAGAAUCACACAAAAUGCGCUCGGAGAGCCGAAUGUCUUGUCAUUCGCUGCUGGCACAUUUUCCAAGAAUGCUACUGUCGUGUAA